AUGGCUUCUAGCAGAUUCGGAGGUUCCUCCCUCCACCAACGCGACCCCCGCAGCGCGCUCUUCGAAAACUACAACGGCGGCGCCAGCAACACCGCAGACCGGCGCAACGGCAGCUCCAGUCCAGGAGGAUACGGAUAUAAUCCUGGCGGCGGUUAUGGAUAUGCUGGCAAGGGGGGAUUAGGCGGGGAUUUAAGUAGUGAGAGGGCUUAUAGACCUGCGACGCCGAAUUCGAGGGGACAGUAUAGCGACGCGGUGCUUAAUGAGCUGGAGAGUCAGAAUGAUGGACAGGUUGCGGGGAUUAUGGGGAAAGUGAGGCAGUUGAAAGAUAUGACCGUAGCCAUCGGCGACGAGAUCCGCGAAUCCUCUGCUCUGGCGGAGAAGAUGAAUGAUUCCUUCGACGGGACACGCCAUCGGUUAAAGGGCACGAUGAAUCGGAUGCUGGUAAUGGCGCAGAAGACGGGAGUGGGGUGGAAGGUGUGGUUGUUGUUUUUUGCGGCGGUUGGGUUUCUGUUCUUUUAUGUUUGGGUGUUUUAG